AUGGAGAAGGGCAAACGACCAAACAACUCCCCCAAGAAAAAAAUGGGGAAGAAAAACCCAACCGACACCGCUGAUCCUGUGAAGAACUUCGAGCGAUGGAAGAAGAAAUACAACAAGACGAAAACACGAGUUAAACAAGAGAAAAGACAGAAAAGGAAACCUGACUGGCAGGUGGAGAAAGAAGGUAUUCAACGGCUUGUCAACAAAUAUAACGAGGUAAAGGUUUGUUUUAGCCUACGAAGUUGGGCGAGGCUAGAUGGCUAGGUAAUUGCCUAAUAAAUCAGACUGAUGCCAAUUCUUGGUAAUACAUUAGUCUUAAACAAAGUACUGCAAAAACGUACGUUUCCUCACAAAACAGAAUGUUUAAUAAAAUUAACUUUAGCGGUUGUCUGUUUGGUUGGUCCUUCAGCUGUUCGAAAUUUGAGGCAAAAUAUCCACAGGAAUUUUUUUGACGGAUUUUAUUGGGCAGGUACUGCCAUAAUUCCUAUCACCUGGCAGAUGUGCAAAACCAUCCAUGUAAACACCUGCUAGACUUCUGUUAGUAUGCAUUAAUCGCGUGCAUGUACUUCCGUCUACACAUGCCUUAGGUCAUGAACAAACACAUCUUGAUUGACACACAGAGUCCCGCGUUUUGAAGUCGGUUUAAUAAAACUUUCCUGUAGAUAUUUUGGCUCAAAUUUCGAACAGCUGAAGGACCAACCCCACAGACAAUCAGCAGAGUAAGUUCAAAUAUAAUUGUAUUCAAUAUUCAUGACAGACAAGGGACGUUUAGCUUUUUUCUAUGUAAAUGUGCAUGGCUAUGCUGUACAGGCAAUGGAAAGCAUCGCCACAAUCGGGACUAGGACUGUAAACAAACUAUCACAUUUUCAGUCUAAUCAAAGCAAUCUCCUGUCCCAUAAGACAUUUUAGGACAUCCUAGGCUAGAUAACGUUUCUAUUGUAAUGCUAGCUAAAUUAUUUCUCUUGACAAUGAUUUCAUCAUAUCGCUCUUCUUCAGGGGACGUGUGUGAUAAACUAACACUUUUGUCUUCUAGAUAAAUGCCAAGGAUGCUGAGAGGUUUUCAGAUUUCCCCAUCUCAAAGAAUACCCUGCGAGGUAAAUAUGAAUUGGUUAUGAAAUUGCCAAGCAUCUUAUGCCAUUGACAGUAACUUAUUUGGCACUGACAGUUUUCUUGUUUACCCCAGGUCUGAUGGAAGCACAGUAUCGUCAGCCCACAGAAAUACAGAGACAGACCAUUGGCUUUGCGUUACAAGGUAAAGAUGUUCUUGGCGCUGCAAAGACUGGCUCUGGAAAAACACUGGCCUUUCUCAUUCCUGUGAGUACCCAAUUGUAUUCUACUGGAUAACUAUGCAAUAUUGCGAGCUGAUAUGAAGGCAGAUGCAGUGUGCAUCCAUUAUUUGAGGCUAUUGAUGUGUCAUGGCUGUUCACACGUGUUGGUGUCAUUUCCAGGUAUUGGAAUGUUUGUAUCGUCAGCAGUGGACAGCCAUGGAUGGCCUGGGGGCCCUCAUCAUCUCCCCCACACGAGAGCUAGCCUAUCAGACCUUCGAAGUGCUCCGCAAAGUGGGCAAGAACCACGAGUUCUCUGCCGGCCUCAUCAUUGGCGGGAAGGUACUUUAUUUACUUUCAAGUGCCGGUAUUAGCAGUUAAUUUCAUGUUGGUUUUGACACCUCUGUUGGUGUUGUUUGAAAGUUUGUGCCCUGUUAUUCUGUUGGAUUCCAGUGUAAUCUCUGUUGUAUGGUUUUUUGUAGGACCUGAAAAAUGAGUCUGAGAAGAUCCACCGCACCAACAUCAUCAUCUGCACGCCAGGACGCCUGCUCCAGCACAUGGACGAGACUGCUGCGUUCCACGCCUCCGAUCUCCACAUGCUAGGUACAUAGUUUUACUGUGGUAUGAGCUAAAAGUUGUUUUGGGGAUUUUUACAUUCUUACUGUUAAUGUUAUGCAACAUUGGUUUAGUAGCACUGUUUGUUUUGAUCUGGGUCUGUAAUUGGAGAAUAAUACCCUUGUUGGCAAAAGUGAUGGACUUGAAAUUGAAGAAAUCAUGUGUUUAAUUCUUUUUAGUUUUGGAUGAGGCGGAUCGUAUCCUGGACAUGGGUUUUGCCGACACUAUCAACGCCAUAGUGGAGAACCUCCCCAAGACCCGUCAGACACUGCUGUUCUCAGCCACACAGACCAAGUCAGUGAAAGACCUGGCCCGCCUCAGCCUCAAAGACCCAGAGUAUGUCUGGGUGCACGAGAAGGCCAUGUUCAGGUAGGUGCACUAUUAUAUAACACGCAACAAUAGUCCUGUGUCUAUAGACUCUUAGUCUUGGCAUUUAGAAAUCUGGCAGUUGGGGUAAACGUCACUUGGAUUUCUAUCAAUUUUCAACUCAGGAAAUGAAACAUGAUAUCUCAAUUAAAAAUACUUGUGGAAGGUGAUGUUUGAAUUCAGUCGAGGGAUUUCAAUGAGUCUCCUAAGCUACUGGUAGGUCAUGUGAAUGUUAUUACUCAGCGAUUGCAGGGUGCUUACAUUGAUUGCUUAUACACAAUAUAUACAAAAGUAUGUGGACACCCCUUGAAAUUAGUGGAUUCGGCUAGUUCUUAUUAUUAUAAAAUCGAGCACACAGCCAGGCAAUCUCCAUAGACAAACAUUAGCAGUAGAAUGGCCUUACUGAAACACUCAGUGACUUUCAACGAGGCACUGUCAUAGGAUGCCACCUUUCCACCAAGUCAGUUCGUCAAAUUUCUGCCCUGCUAGAGCUGCCCCAGUCAACUGUAAGUGCUGUUAUUGUGAAGUGGAAACUUUUAGGAGCAACAACGGCUCAGCCACGAAGUGGUAGGCCACACAAGCUCACAGAACAGGACCGAUGAGUGCUUAAGCGUGUAGCAUGUAAAAAGCGUCUGUCCUCGGUUGCAACACUCACUACCGAGUUCCAAACUGCCUCUGGAAGCAACGUCGGUACAAGAACUGUUCGUCGGGAGCUUCAUGAAAUGGGUUUCCAUGGCCAAGCAGCUGCACACAAGCCUAAGAUCACCAUGCGCAAUGCCAAGUGUCGGCUGGAGUGGUGUAAAGCUCGCCGCCAUUGGACUCUGGAGCAGUGGAAAUGCGUUCUCUGCAGUGAUAAAUCACGCUUCACCAUCUGGCAGUCCGACAGACAAAUCUGGGUUUGGCGGAUGCCAGGAGAACGCUACCUGCCCCAAUGCAUAGUGCCAAUUGUAAAGUUUGGUGGAGGAGGAAUAAUGGUCUGGGGCUGUUUUCCAUGUUUAGGCUCCUUAGUUCCAAUGAAGGGAAGUCUUAAAGCUACAGCAUAGAAUGACGUUCUAGACGAUUCUGUGCUUCCAACUUUCAGCAUGACAACGCCCCCGUGCGCAAAGCAAGGUCCAUACAGAAAUGGUUUGUCGAGAUCGGUGUGGAAGAACUUGACUGGCCUGCACAGAGCCCUGACCUCAACCCCAUCGAACACUUUUGGGAUGAAUUGGAACGCCGACUGCGAGCCAUGCCUAAUGGCCCAACAUCAGUGCCCGACCUCACUAAUGCUCUUGUGUCUGAAUGGAAGGAAGUCCCCGCAGCAAUGUUCCAACAUGUAGUGGAAAGCUUUCCCAGAAGAGUGGAGGCUGUUUUAGCAGCGAAGGCGGGACCAACUCCAUAUUAAUGCCCAUGAUUUUGGAAUGAGAAGUUCAACGAGCAGGUGUCCACAUACUUUUGGUCAUGUAGUGUAUUUGGACAAACUGACAUCAAGUAUAUGGUAUGAAUACGGAAGAGGUAAAAGUGGGCCGUUACUUACAACAAAUACAAGUGUUGUCAUGGAUGUUAUGUGAAGUCCAUAGUCCUAGUAAAUAAUGAUGUGUCACUGUGCAGCCAGGUGCUGAUUUAAUAGUGUGGAUUCUCUCCCACCUUCAGGCUCGCAUGCUAAUUGGGUCGAACAUUAACAUACUGUUUUAUCUGAAUAUCAGCAACUUCAAUUCAGGUUUAGAUGCACCAGCUGACACUUAUCAUACUACUCUUGUUUUAUGCUCUUGCUUUUUUCUCCAGCUGCACUUCUUUUUUGAUGAGUCUUAGCUGAUAGACUGGUUUAGUGUUUAUGCUGCGGUCAUGGCUUUGUCCUCGAUGUUGAAGCGAUUUUGUUAUAUGGGAGUAAGUAAGCACAGGCUGCAGCAGCAGAGGGAGAGAUGAAAGAGAACUCUUUGCUUUCUCUGAUUCAGCCUUAUCAAGGCUCCUCAGACAGUGCACGUCAAGUGUUUUAAACCACAUUUGACCUGAAACCUGUUAGGAGCUAAAGUGGAGCACUGCACAACAGACAUGACUUCGAUUUUAGCCUACUAUUUGAAAUCUCAAGUACCUGUGAUUGUUUGCUUUAGCCUGGCUGGAGUGCCAGGUUGCUGUUGGUGGGGUUUGCACUUUUGGGACAUUCCUAUUGGCUCAUUGCAAAAAGCAAGUUCAAUCAAGCACAACUCAAGUUUUUGUAAUGAUUUAAAUUCUUGCCUUUUUGAACCCAGGUCUGCUGCACAAUCAAAUGCAACCCCAGCUUUAAACAUUCUUUAAGGCACACAAUUCCUUAGUUCUCUGUCCUAUUUAGCAACAAGAUGAAGUACAACACAAACGACCUGAAAGAGACAAAGUAAAAGACUAUUUGUUUCUGUGUCCCCAUGCAGCACGCCGGCCACGCUGGAGCAGAACUACGUGGUGUGUGAGCUGCACCAGAAGGUCAACAUGCUCUUCUCCUUCAUCAGGAGCCACCUGCAGAAGAAAGUCAUCGUCUUCUUCGCCUGUUGCAAAGAGGUGAGGCUUCGCUAGUUUGUGCAAACGUUCCUCCAUUAGGCUUAUAGCUUCAUGGUCUAGUCAUAGUCUUUGCUGCAAACAUCAAGGCUCUCUCUUUUUCUCUCUCCCUCCGUAGGUGCAAUACCUGUUCCGGGUGUUCUGUCGGCUGCGUCCGGGCAUGCCCAUCCUGGCCCUGCAUGGGAAGCAACAGCAGAUGAAGAGGGUGGAGGUCUACAACGACUUCAUCAAGAAGAAGAACGCUGUGCUCUUCGCCACAGACAUUGCAGCCAGAGGCCUAGGUACUAACACAUCAGCAUCUACUCUACAGACUGGCUGGAUCUCUUUAGUCAGUAGGGACAGAGAUGACGGUUUGGGGCACAGCUCAAACACGAACCCUAAAAUGAAAUAAAUAUUUACUGCUCUGACACCAGAGCCAGAAGGUCCUUGCUCAUGGCUUGUGGUGAAUAAUAAUUACGUUUUCUCCCCCCACUUUGUAGACUUCCCUGCUGUGAACUGGGUGUUGCAGUUUGACUGUCCAGAGGACGCCAACACAUACAUCCACAGAGUGGGACGAACAGCCAGGUAAUAACCCCCUUAACUGGACCUGGCAUGUUUUCAUUGUAUAUGCAGAAUUACUCAGAAAAUACUAUGUUUUUCCAACAGUAGUAUUAAAGUGAAGUUAUCACAGUGUAGUACUGAAUCUUACAGGGACACUGCCAUUUACACAAAUGUACCCACAACAAGCCACCAUUAAUUAUUGUACAGUGUGCAACAAUUGAAGGUUCCUUCAGAGUCAAUCCAUUAUCCUAUCGCAUCAUCUCACUAUCACUCCUCUCACAACAGUUGGCCUACUCACUAGACUCGCAACAGUUGGCCUACUCACUAGACUCGCAACAGUUGGCCUACUCACUAGACUCGCAACAGUUGGCCUACUCACUAGACUCGCAACAGUUGGCCUACUCACUAGACUCGCAACAGUUGGCCUACUCACUAGACUCGCAACAGUUGGCCUACUCACUAGACUCGCAACAGUUGGCCUACUCACUAGACUCACAACAGUUGGCCUACUCACUAGACUCACAACAGUUGGCCUACUCACUAGACUCACAACAGUUGGCCUACUCACUAGAUGGCAGUGUUGUUGUAUGUUCCACCUCUCACACUACCUCUCUCUAAAGCCUACAGCCUCGCACAGUCAUUAUACACAGAAGUGUUAUCAGACUGGCUUUCAAAUGUGUUCCAAAAUCCAGAGGUACCUACUGUGUACUUUAGGUGACAUAUGAUGCUGUAUAGUAUUGUUCUCUGCUAGUACAAUGGUGAGUUGGUACCAUAGCAGUGCUGAUAGAGAAAAACAGCUUGAGCAGAGAGCUUGCACACAGCUAUGCUGAUUCUGAACGUGCAGUUCAUUAGCCACGUGGUACAAACCAUGUUUACCUCAGGUUGGUACAGUAUUCUUUUGAACCAAAGUGUUGUGUACACUGGGCUUCCUUUGGAUAACACUUGGGAGCAGUAGAGGAGUGAGGGGAAUAUCUCUCAGCUUUGGCUGUGUUUGCCCAACUGCGGUGCUGACUCAUGGGGGUGUGUGUGUAAUCUCACACCGAUAUCACCUGGUAAUUGCAUCAGUGUGAAAAAGAGAGGGAGUAAGUGUGUGUCUGAGACAGAAAAAUACAGACAUUAGUGUGCUUUGCUUCUACGGAGCUCUGUGCAGCACACUCUCCGACAGCAGCAAUGUGCAUCUUAAGCAGUCAUGAUGUGCUUCGAGCCACAAAUGGAACAGUGAUUAGUGAGCUGCUAAAACCUCUGGGCUGCUCAUCUCUAAAUAUUUUUGCUUUUGUGUUGCCAUACCCCCUGACAAACCUCUUGCUUGUUGGUUCUUUUGUGUGAUGUAACAUGACUAAAGGGUAAUCCUUUCUAGGCUUAUUGCAGCAUGCUGCUGCUUUUGGAGUAAGAUGGACCCUAGCUGCCUGGUGUUAUUCCAUUUUGGGAGUCAGUGAGUUUGAAGGAAGGCCAAGUGCUCAUGUGCACUCUACCAACCAGAGCUGUAGUGUAGCAUCAGUCUCCACAGCUGUUUCCAUUUGUCUCUCGCUCCCCCCUCAGUCUGACUCUGCAUGUAUUUCACAGCUCCUCUUGGUGUGAGGAAGAAUGUAGCUCUCGCUCUUCGCCACCUCUUUCUCUGUCUUGCACCCCAUCUGUCUCUCCCUAUGCCUCUAACUUGGUCACAAAACCAUGACGCAACCAUGCAAAGAAGUCGUUCAUGAUCAUAAGAGGCGUACCAUUAACUGUGCAAAUUUUGCAGAUUGAUUGCAGAAGUUAUGUACGCAUUUGAGGUUCAGCAUCAUUAUUUUACAUUAUUACACCCACUCCUCUGCGCUAUUGGCCAAUUGAAACGUAUUCAUACAUUUAGGACAUACAAUAAAAUAAGAAUUAGGGCUGUGACGAUUAUGGAAUUUGGGGUAACGAUUAAUUGUCAUGCAAAUGGCCACGGUUAUUGUCAUAAUUGGCAUUUUUGAACUUGUUAUGCAUCUUUGAAAGUGACCUACAACAUACAUAAUGAAUACAACACAGCUUUGGUGACACCACUGUCUAAAAAACAAAUGGUUCUGACCGCUUGGAAUUUUUGGAAAUGAAGCUCCUCCUCCCAAACGUGCCGUUCUGCUCGUAAAAUGAUAACCAACUUUACCCACUUCAUGUAAAUAUGAAAAGCUGCUAUUGAGUAAUCAAUAUCUACUUGAAUAUAAAGUUGAAUCCCCCCUUCUCCUAAAAUGAAUGUAAUAAGGCUUAUCUUAUUUAGUUCCUGGUUAUUGUCCAUAAUUGUUGCUUACACUAUUAUACAGUAAUUGUGCCAGCCCUAAUAAGAAUGCAAUUGUUUUUGCCUAACAGGUAUAAGGAGGGAGGAGAGGCUCUGCUUGUCCUGCUGCCCUCAGAAGAGAAGGACAUGCUAUCCCAGCUCCAGGAGAAGAAAGUCCCCAUCAACAGAAUCCAGUGAGUUCACCUACAACCUCUCACACAUACAGUGAGGGAAAAAAGUAUUUGAUCCCCUGCUGAUUUUGUACGUUUGCCCGCUGACAAAGACAUGAUCAGUCUAUAAUUUUAAUGGUAGGUUUAUUUGAACAGUGAGAGACAGAAUAACAACAACAAAAUCCAGAAAGACGCAUGUCAAAAAUGUUAUAAAUUGAUUUGCAUUUUAAUGACGGAAAUAAGUAUUUGACCCCCUCUCAAUCAGAAAGAUUUCUGGCUCCCAGUUGUCUUUUAUACAGGUAACGAGCUGAGAUUAGGAGCACACACUUAAAGGGAGUGCUCCUAAUCUCAGUUUGUUACCUGUAUAAAAGACACCUGUCCACAGAAGCAAUCAAUCAAUCAGAUUCCAAACUCUCCACCAUGGCCAAGACCAAAGAGCUCUCCAAGGAUGUCAGGAACAAGAUUGUAGACAUACACAAGGCUGGAAUGGGCUACAAGACCAUCGCCAAGCAGCUUGGUGAGAAGGUGACAACAGUUGGUGCGAUUAUUCGCAAAUGGAAGAAACACAAAAUAACUAUCAAUCUCCCUCGGCCUGGGGCUCCAUGCAAGAUCUCACCUCAUGGAGUUGCAAUGAUCAUGAGAACGGUGAGGAAUCAGCCCAGAACUACACGGGAGGAUCUUGUCAAUGAUCUCAAGGCAGCUGGGACCAUAGUCACCAAGAAAACAAUUGGUAACACACUACGCCGUGAAGGACUGAAAUCCUACAGCGCCCGCAAGGUCCCCCUGCUCAAGAAAGCACAUAUACAGGCCUGUCUGAAGUUUGCCAAUGAACAUCUGAAUGAUUCAGAGGAGAACUGGGUGAAGGUUUUGUGGUCAGAUGAGACCAAAAUCGAGCUCUUUGGCAUCAACUCAACUCGCCGUGUUUGGAGGAGGAGGAAUGCUGCCUAUGACCCCAAGAACACCAUCCCCACCGUCAAACAUGGAGGUGGAAACAUUAUGCUUUGGGGGUGUUUUUCUGCUAAGGGGACAGGACAACUUCACCGCAUCAAAGGGAUGAUGGACGGCGCCAUGCACCGUCAAAUAUUGGGUGAGAACCUCCUUCCCUCAGCCAGGGCAUUGAAAAUGGGUUGUGGAUGGGUAUUCCAGCAUGACAAUGACCCAAAACACACGGCCAAGGCAACAAAGGAGUGGCUCAAGAAGAAGCACAUUAAGGUCCUGGAGUGGCCUAGCCAGUCUCCAGACCUUAAUCCCAUAGAAAAUCUGUGGAGGGAGCUGAAGGUUGGAGUUGCUAAACGUCAGCCUCGAAACCUUAAUGACUUGGAGAAGAUCUGCGAAGAGGAGUGGGACAAAAUCCCUCCUGAGAUGUGUGCAAACCUGGUGGCCAACUACAAGAAACGUCUGACCUCUGAUUGCCAACAAGGGUUUUGCCACCAAGUACUAAGUAAUGUUUUGCAGAGGGGUCAAAUACUUAUUUCCCUCAUUAAAAUGCAAAUCAAUUUAUAAAAUUUUUGACAUGCGUUUUUCUGGAUUCUUUUGUUAUUAUUCUGUCUCUCACUGUUCAAAUAAACCUACCAUUAAAAUUAUAGACUGAUCAUGUCUUUGUCAGUGGGCAAACGUACAAAAUCAGCAGGGGAUCAAAUACUUUUUUCCCUCACUGUACACUUGUAUUUCACUGGGACUGGGAAGGCUGUUGGCUAUGGAGAUCUACUGUAUGUGAGGAAUAAAUACAAAACAGGUGGUGGUCUGUUUUGUCUCUCUUACUCUUUUGAAGCUUUAUUCCCCUGUCUCCAUCACCCCCCCCCCCCCCCCCCCCCCCCCAAACAAAUAAACAAACAGAGGCCCUGUGAGAAUGUUUUAAAUUAUACCAUAUGCUUCAAAAUACUAUUUCAACUUAGGCGAUGCAUUGGACAGAUGGGGGAGAUUUCACAAAGCAGGCAGGGUCAACAAGUGAGCCAGCUGACUUUCCUCAAAUUUCUGAUUCUGAAACAACCUCAUAGUUUCUGGUAGUUCAAAUAUACUGUACAUGCGUGCUAUAUAGCUAUUGAACCUGUGCCCUUGUCCUGUCCCCUGUGUGUGCCUGACACCAUCCGUUUCAUGGUGUCACAGUACGUUUUAAUAGUGAGGGACCUGAUAUCCUGUUUGUUGGAGCUGUGUGUGAGAUGGGGAGAGGCUGAGUGGAGCUGAGGGGCUGUGAGCGGUGCAGUAAAUAGGCCAACCGUGUAUUUUGUGUGUGUGUGAGAGAGAGAGAGCGUGAGAGACUGGCUCUGUCAUCACAGAGGACAACAGGCCUAAGCCCCUCUGGCUAAAUGCUGAUAAGCACCGGGCCCAGCAUGAUGCCCUCGCAGCACAUGCACACACACACACACACAUGCACACACUCGUGCAUAUGCACACACAAACUUGCGCCGCUCUCUUCCACAUGCACAAAUAUGUAUACACUCAUCACUCUUUUUCACACUUGCACAGAAAUAAUUAGAAUGGAAAUUAGAUUUUAUAAAGUGUUUCUCAUGCCCAAGGUGCUAUAUAACAUAAAUUAAUAUUAUUCACACAUGCACAGUCAGGGAUCUAUUUUUGGCUGCCGCUGCGCAUAUUAGUUUGCAAUUUCAGCAUGUAAAAACUGGUGCCCUUGCAUUUUCCACCCCAUGUGCCAGGUUUAGCAACUUACCUGUCUAAUAUUAGCUCACUUGCGCUGAGGUGGGAGGGGUGGCAAUAUUUGAAGUGUCUCCUUGAAAACAAGCGCAAAAGUGACAAUUUCUUGCAGCGCAUAUCGGGAAAUUUAAGACCAAUGAAAAGCAGGUCUUAACGGUAACAUGGUUGGUCAUGGAAUGGAUGUGAGCGGAAGCACGACCUAUAAAGCCGUGACACACAGUGCCCUUAUGCUCAUGUAACAAGACGGGAGAUGUGCUUUUUGUGCCAGGAAGCCUUGUAUUAAUAAACAUAAAAAACAAAUGUUUUUUUUUUAUAAGCACCCUAUGUGUUGUAAUAUAUGCACUGAUCUUAUCUGAUGCUUUAAGUGCACUGUUUUAUGAAAUUAAGACACACAAAUGACUUGCGAGGGAGCCAGAGAUCGAUAAUUUAAUUUAAAUUAUAAUAACGUAUUUUUGUUCUAUUGCCAACUAGGUAAAAAUAGCAUGCAUAAAGCCAACAAAUAAAAACAUUGCAGGUAGAAAAUAUCCUAUAAAUCACAUGGCUACGCAUGGAAGUUUGUUCAUGUUCUUUCAAUCACAUUCAUCUCUCUACUCCGCCUGUCUGCAACAAACUUAAAACAUUGUAUCAACUAUCAACUGGGUCCGGCCAGUUGCAACAUUGUAUCAACUAUUCUGGGCCCUCAGAUUCCAGCGGCAGUGAGCUCUGGACCAGUAGCAGUGCAUGGGUGAAAUCACUGGGGAAGCCAAUCCAGGAAAAAAUUAUAAUAAUAUUUCAACCUAUGUGUUGUGCUAAUUUAGUUGUUUGCUCUAUAACCUGUUAGGCCUAUAUAUCACGGCAUAUGAACUAAGGCCGAGACAAUAAGAAGACACAGUGGCAGAAUAAAUCCAACCACACAUUUGUUUCAUCACAAAACCGGAGAGCAACAUCUGUCCUUGGGAGUCCACAAAGCAUAUUGCAUUUAACAAACAGUUACAUGAUCUACAGCAUGGUCAAGCAAGGUCAUGUUUCUGAAAUUUUUUGACUACUAAACAACUAUUGAUUUAGAACCACGGAGAGUUAUCGCAAGUCGCAAAGAAAACAGCAGCUGCCUCCACUAUUCCAGCACCAUUUUAACAUCAUCUAGUCAUCUAUGCUUAGUCUAAUACAUUGACAACUAAUAGAUACCAAAAACUAUUUAGUCCAGUCAACAUAAGCUAAGUAUGACGUGGCAGUCCAUGAUACUGAUUUCUGUGUGUGCGUGCAAGUAGAAAAAACAUGUUGACUCACCCUGCUUGUAGAGAAACGCCAAUGCCGCCAUCCUCUAAUGUUGCCUAAACGGUCUAUGACUGUCACUUUAAGUUUUUGUUGUCCUAUGCUAUCUGGCUAAAAUACUAGCUCGCUAGCUUAACUUCCUUUCAUGGGAAACAAUACGCCAGGCCAGCUAGUUAACAUUAGCAUACUACAUCUAGCUACAUGUUGAACUUCCAUCCUCUCAGGCCAGGGGCACAAUGUAUGAAUUUAUAUUUUGAUUAGAAUUGCCGUUGUUAUCAUUGGCCAGUACCGAGAGUUAAGUAAAACCACAAGUCCAAAUCCCUAUCUCCAUCGAUGGCUAAUUUAGGAAAGGGAUGAUUUUAGCUUGCUAGCUAGCCAGCCACUGGAGGACAACAACACAACGAGAUGCAACAACUCACGUUUUCUUCUGUCAAUAAUGUUUGGCUUGUGAUGUGAUUGGUCUGAAGCCAAAUCCAAACUGGCUUCCCUUGACACUUUUUUUUUUUUUUUUGGGUGCGGCAGGACCAUUCACAGCUGAGCUCACUCAGUUUAGCUCAACGCUGAUUGGCUAUUAUUAUUAAUCAAUCAUGGUAGGCUAAUUGCUUGCUGGCCUCCCUUGUAUUCAAUGCUAUGGGUUCGAUUCCUACAGGGGGCCUGUAUGAAAAUUUUAAAAAUAAUGUAUGCACUCACUAACUGUAAGUUGCUCUGGAUAAGAGCGUCUGCUAAAUGACUAAAAUGUAAAUGUAAUGUAAAUGUCUCUCCAGAGAUGUUCAAUCAGGUUCAAGUCCCGGCUCUGGCUGGGCCACUCUAGGACAUUCAGAGACUUUUCCCGAAGCCACUCCUGCGUUGUCUUGGCUGUGUGCUUAGGGUCGUUGUCCUGUUGGAAGAUGAACUUUCGCCCCAGUCUGAGGUCCUGAGCGCUCUUGGGCAGGUUUUCAUCAAGGAUCUCCCUGUACUUUGCUCAGUUCAUCUUUCCCUCGAUCCUGACUAGUUUCCCAGUCCCUGAUGCUCAAAAACGUCCCCACAGCAUGAUGCUGCCACCACCAGGAUUCACCGUAGGGAUGGUGCCAGGUUUCCUCCAGAUGUGACGCUUGGCGUUCAGGCCAAAGAGUUCAAACUUGGUUUCAUCAGACCAGAGAAUCUUGUUUCUCAUGGUCUGAGAGUCCUUUAGGUUCCUUUUGGCAAACUCCAAGCGGGCUGUCAUGUGCCUUUUACUGAGGAGUGGCUUCCGUCUGGACACUCUACCAUAAAGGCCUGAUUGGUGGAGUGCUGCAGAGAUGGUUGUCCUUCUGGAAGGUUCUCCCAUCUCCACAGAGGAACUCUGGAGCUCUGUCAGAGUUACCAUCGGGUUCUUGGUCACCUGCCAAAAGGACCCUCAGACCAUGAGAAACAAUAACUUUUCUCAGAAGUGUAACAUAGGUUGUGAGCUCUGCAAACGUGUCCACUCCAACAAUGAGAACGGUAAAUGACUAAUAAUAAUACAUUGACUGCAUUAACAGAAAUGACCAUAACCAAACAAACAUUGUAGAUUAGAAAUGAUGGGAAUUAACGGUAAAUGUACUACUGGCGAUAUAUGUAAUGAGGAAUUGAUAGACUCUAUCAAAUGGCAAACAAUUCUCACAAUUAAGUUAUGAAACAAUGAAUGCGCACGAAUUGGCUAGAGAGAACGCAUUCCUGAGAGACGUGCCUUGUGCAUCUAAGCCACACUCCCCUUCUUCUUGACUCAACAUUUAAAAUUAUACCCAAGACACAUUAUCUUCACACAUACUGUAGGCUUAAGGAAUACUCUGUGUCAGGUCCAAAGCAGUAGCCAUUUAUGGAAAACCAAUUUCGAAACGAAUGCAAUUUCACUUAUUUUAUGAAAUUGCUUGGCGUGCCGAGGCAAAUACCCACACAAUGCCUGUCUUAAAGGGACGGACUGUGCCAUCCCCGCGGCCUCCGCCGUAGAUUAGUCCACUGAGACAGGCGCGAAUCAGACAGGUCAUAAAAUAAUAAUGAAUCUAUUUGCGACCGCACGACUAAACAAAUCUGUCAACCAACAGCCUAUCGACCAAACAUCUAGUCGACUAAAUGGGGUCAGCCCUAGUAGGCCUACAUUAUUUUAGCCAGCUCCCAUUAUGGAUGAGCGUAAAAAAAAAAACUCAAUUUAGGCUACGUGUCCAUAUGCUCAUUAUGAAAUGAGAAAUGAGAUGAUACUGGUGACCCUUGUAUUUAGAACUUAUUUUCCUGUAAAAAUUGCUUGGUUUCUGUUUCAUAUGAUUAAAAACCAAGCCGUCCGUAGUCUACCCUUAGCAGUGUUUUCCACCAGCCAAAUAGGGAAUGUAGCUAGCCAGGGAGUUCCGGACUGGGGGGGUUCAACUGUUUUCUUAUUUUUUUGUUUUCUUUUGGCAGAACAAGCUCAAUUCUGGUGACCUCUAGUACAUUAUAAAUUAACCGUUUUCAGGCUCAUCACGUGUGCAUAUAUAUGACCUUUGAUAUGAAUGGCACGUUUUGUUACGGACCAUUCUAAUAACCUGUGUGGUUUUUUUUAAUCAAUGAGUGUGUCCAUGCAUCUGUGACCUUUUGACUGUUUUUGAAUACAUUUUACAAAUGUGAUUUGUGGAUUCACAAAUUAUUUUCUUCCUGUUGCCAGGGUGAACCCAGAGAAGCUGACGAGCGUGCAGCAGAAAUUGGAGGCCUUCCUGGCCCAGGAGAAGGAACAGAAGGAGCGAGCGCAAAGGGUCAGUAUCCUGGAGGGGUGAGACCAUUACAGGAUUGGGAUGGAUAAGGGGCCAAGCCAGUAGCCUUCCAGGACAGGAGUUGUUAUUUUCACCCAUAGUGCUUACAUCCAUAAAAUCUAGAGUUGUCACCUGGAUGAUAAUGAGGAUAAUGCAGUGUCCGACAUUAACGAUGGCCCACUGGCCCGGGGACAAUAAAAACAUGUCGGGCCACUGGAUCUCGUCUACUUCUUAGCACAUUUUUGCAUUCCAGUUCAACAUUUUACCUGCUCUGUUGUAGUCUACCAUUGAAGACUACACACGGAAAAGUCAUGGUAUUUAUAUUUUAGCAAUAUGAUUGGCCUUUCAUUCAAGCACCACCACGCUCCCACGAGUCACAACUACCCGAGCAGUACAUGAGUUGAUGCCUUCACACAGCACACACACGAGCUGUCCAGAGCAAAAAGAAGCGUCCAUCAAUCUACUUACUUGCUAAGCUGAUUUUAUUUUAGCUAGGGAAAGUGAUUUACAAAAGUAAACCUUCAAUAGUGAACAUGCUAGCAAUAUGCUGGCUACUGUUGAUAGUCUGCAAAAAGACACCUAGCAUUUGUCUUGGAUAGCCAACUGUAGCCAGGUCAAUAUCUAUUUUGGAACACAGUUGUCUUAAAGGGGGGAGUGUCCUAUUAAAAUGACAUACUUUAGAAUAAAAAAUGAAUGCAAUUAAUAAAAUGCAAUUCUAAAGAAUAGAGUAAUGACUUACAUUUCUAAAUUAUAUUAGUUUUUGAAUACAUAUCAUAAUAACUAAAUGUAGCUUAAUAGCUGAAUAUAGAGAGAAAGCAUGCCAACCUAUAGGCUCUGCAUGACCCCAAUGCAUUUAAAAACUACACCAUGUCUGGGCCAGUAGAAAUUGUUCGUGAAGUAGAUUUUUGGACAACUGGCCAACCUGUAAUGGACUGCAUUUACAGUGCCUUUGGAAAGUAUUCAGACACCUUCACUUUUUCCACAUUUUGUUAUGUUACAGCCUUAUUCUAAAAUUGAUGACAUUGGUUUUAAUCCUCAUCAAUCUACACACAAUACCCCAUAUUAACAAAACAAAAACUGAUAUCACAUUUACAUAAGUAUUCAGACCCUUUACUCAGUGCUUUGUUAAACACCUUUGGCAGCGAUUACAGCCUCGAGUCUUCUUGGGUAUGUCGCUACAUGCUUGGCACACCUGUAUUUGGGGAGUUUCUCCCAUUCUUCUCUGCAGAUCCUCUCAGGCUCUGUCAGGUUGGAUGGGGAGCGUUGCUGCACAGCUAUUUUCAGGUCUCUCCAGAGAUGUUCGAUCUGGUUCAAGUCCGGGCUCUGGCUGGGCCACUCAAGGACAUUCAGAGACUUGUCCCGAAGCCACUCCUGCGUUGUCUUGGCUGUGCGCUUAGGUUCAUUGUCCUGUUGGAUGGUGAACCUUCACCCCAGUCUGAGGUCCUGAGCACUCUGGAGCAGGUUUUCAUCAAGGAUCUCUCUGUACUUUGCUCCGUUCAUCUUUCCCUCAAUCCUGACUAGUUUCCCAGUCCCUGCCACUGAAAAACAUACCCACAGCAUGAUGCUGGCACCACCAUGCUUCACCGUAGGGAUGGUGCCAGGUUUCCUCGAGACAUGACUCUUGGCAUUCAGGCCAAAGAGUUCAGUCUUUGUUUCAUCAGACCAGAUAACCUUGUUUCUCAUGGUCUGAGAGUCUUUAGGUGCCUUUUGGCAAACUCCAAGCGGGCUGAAUUGUGCCUUUUACUGAGUAGUGGCUUCCGUCUGGACACUGCAGAGAUGGUUGUCCUUCUGGAAGGUUCUCCAAUCUCCGCAUAGAAACUCGAGAGCUCUGUCAGAGUGGCCAUUGGGUUCUUGGUCACUUCCCUGACCAAAGCCCUUCUCCCCGAUUGCUUAGUUUGGCCGGGCGGCCAGCUCUAGGAAGAGUCUUGGUGGUUCCAAACUUCUUCUAUUUAAGAAUGAUGGAGGCCACUGUGUUCUUGGGGACCUUCAAUGCUGCAGAUUUUUUUUGGCACCCUUGCCCAGAUCUGUGCCUCGACACAAGCCUCUUGGAGCUCUACGGACAAUUCCUUCGACCUCAUGGCUUGGUUUUUGCUCUGACAUGCACUGUCAACUGUGGGACCUUAUAUAGACAGGUGUGUGCCUUUCCAAAUCAUGUCCAAUCAAUUGAAUUUACCACAGGUGGACUCCAAUCAAGUUGUAGAAACAUCUCAAGAAUUAUCAAUGGAAACAGGAUGCACUUGAGCUCAAUUUCGAGUCUCAUAGCAAAGGAUCUGAAUACUUAUGUAAAUAAGGUAUUUCUGUUUUUAUUUUUAAUCAAUGUUCAAACAUUUCUAAAAACGUGUUUUUGCUUUGUCAUUAUGGGGUAUUGUGAGUAGUUUGCUGAGGACAUGUUUUUAUUUAAUCGUUUUUAGAAUAAGGCUGUAACGUAACAAAAUGUGGGAAAAGUGAAGGGGUCUGAAUACUUUCCGAAGGCACUGUACAUACUGCAUUAUUUACACUUUUGACUAAAUGACUCAAAUGUGAUGGAAAAUGGAAAUUGCAUAUGUUAUGUACCUACAGUGUUUUUGGCUCUGUCAUUAACACCCUCGUCACCUAGACGGUACAAUUGUUAUACCCACUUCUUUUGUACUCAUAAUGUGAUUUUACACCAUUUCAUGCGUCAUCAGAUUGUUGAAUCAUAAUUUCAAGUUUUUAAUGUCAUGUGCACAAGUACAGAGAAAUUCCUUUCUUGCAAGCUCCAAACCCAACAAUGUCAUAAUCAAUAUCAUUGUAGCACUAAAAAUAACGUACGGUAGAACAAAAACAGGACAAAUACAAAUAACACAACACAUUUCUCCUGAGGAGAGAGCGCACUCGAAGAGAAGAGGGUCCCUUAUCUCCAUCUUGCACCAUCUCGUGUGAUUCAUCGCCUAACUCAGCUGGCUGUUCGAGGAGAUGGCAGGCGUCGAUAUUGCUCACCUUUCCAUCUCCCCCCCCCCCCCCCCCCCCCCUCUAUCUGUGUGUGUGCAGUGUUUCGUCUCCUACCUGCGCUCCGUCUACCUUAUGAAAAACAAAGACGUCUUUGAUGUGUUCCAGCUCAAGCUCCAGGAGUACGCAUCGUGAGUAAAAAGGAAACGGGGGCCAUUUUGAGCACUUAUCUAUCUCUAGCGGUGGAGGAGUGUUUUCCUUAGAUCUGCUCUAAUUGUUCAGGGCUUCCCAAUCCUGAAAGAAUGUCAACCAGGCCACAAUAUGCCUAUUUGUUGUGCAUGUGAUGGUACGUGGACAUCAUUAUGCACAAGGCCUUUACAGAGAAUAUGGUAUGGGGCAUCAUUAGAAGAAGCUGUGUCAUUCCCUCAUUCAAGCAUAGAGUAGCUUAGCUUUAGCCAUUGCUAGCUAUUUUAGCCUUUUUGGACCAUGAUGAACCAAACAUUUCAGUAAAUGUCCAACUCGAUGUCAUUCUUCCCUUUUGGUACUCUUGCUAGUUCUCUGGGCCUCGCUGUUGCUCCAAGGGUGCGUUUUCUCAACAAAGCCCAGAAGCAGAGAGCAGACCCUGGGCAGAGCAGCGGGCAGGGAGAUGUGGCCCAGUCUGAGGAGGAGAAGGAACUAAAGAACUUCAAGGCUCAGCUCAGAGGAGCUCGAGAGUCCCAAAGCUCAGAUGAGAAAGAUGAUGAUGAGGAGGUGGACAAGGAAAUGUUACAGCCUGGGCCUAAGGGUCUCCUCUUUGGGGCAGAUGAAACGGAGGAGGAUGAAGAUUUGAGGGACUUGGACCUGCUGACCGUGAAGAGAAAAGAUGUCUUCAGUCUGGAGGAG